UUCAUCAUUUGAUUUACAGGCAAUUUUUUUAAAUCUUAAUUUAUAUUUAAAUGAAAAUGAAACAGAUUUUGAUAGUUUUCUUUUAUUUGAUACAACGGUGAAAUCCAUACCAGAAAAUGUUUUUAAUAAUAUAACAUUUAAAAGUUUAAUGUUUCAAGAUAAUCAUCUUUUAACAACAAUUGAUGAAAAUGCAUUCUAUUAUUUUAAAGAUAACGUUGAAGUAUUUGAAACAUUAAAUACAAAUUUAUCCGACAGUCAAAUAAUAUUUUCUAUAUUAAAACAAUUUACAAAUUUACGUCGUAUUAGUAUGCAUAAUGAUCGUUUAACAACAAUUCCAAAUUAUGCAUUUAAUCAUACAAAAUUAACAGAUAUAUGGUUUGGUUUAGAAAAUCGACGAACAAAUCAACCAAUUGAAAGCAUUGGUCAAUAUGCUUUUUAUAAUGUACCGAAUUUACGACUAUUACGUAUAUUUUCACCUAAUCUAACACAAAUAAAUAAAUAUGCAUUUGCUCAACGUAAUCGAUCAUCAACAAAUAAUAUGUUACAUAUUUAUAUUGGUGGACAAAUGUUAAAUUCAACUAGCUUUCCAUUAACAUCUUUAAGUCGUUUUCGUAAUCGUGCAGUAUUUCUAAGAUUAUAUUUUACGAAUUUAACAUAUUUAGAUGAAAAUAUUUUUCAACCAUUUCUUGAAACACAUCCAUCAUCAUUGAUUGAUAUUAAUUAUACAAAUAUGAAUCUUCAAUGUGAUUGUCAAUCAGCAUGGAUUCAAUAUGAUUAUUUACGUGAUGUUGAUGAAUUAGAAAAUCGUGUUUAUGGAUAUAAAUGUUGGCCGCAUGAUUUUUCUAAUUGUACAUUAAAUUAA